GCUGGAGUUUGUUUCUCAUACAAUGAAUUCUAACAAAUAGCUUCCAAAGUGAAUGUUCACUGAAGUUGAGUGUCUUUCCUUAAACAGGACAAUAGAUCUGAAAAUUGUUAUCAUAAAUUUACUUCUGUUAAGAACAUCAGAUGAUGUAUACCAUGUAGGAAGUGAGUCUUGUUCCAAAUAUAACUGAACUGAUCUACUUUUGAGCUUUCCUCUUCAUCUCUGCAUUAGUUCUCUCUGUAUGAAUGGGUUGGUUCAGAACUUCAUUAGGCUUAGUCAUCCAACCAUUACCAUAUUUUGGCAAACCAGAAAUUCUGCUUCCCUUAAUAAUCUACAAACGUUGACUAUUUCAUUUGAGUUUUAGCUCUAAACAUUUCAUUUACUUGAAUGAUUCUGCAAACAGGGCAUGCAAUGGGUUCUUCCUCAUUUUCAUUAUCUCCAUGUUGAUGGCCAAACAGGAAGAUAGUUUACACCAAAUAUAUUAUCUAUGUCUUCUAAAUGGACAAGGCAAAGGAAAAAUAUUUUAACAAUUUGCCAAUUUGUGAAGUAUUUUCUGUUCUCUGCUCUUGCAGUUGGUAUGAGCAAUUUAGAAGAGUUUGCACGUCACCUAACACUAACAGAGUCUUCACACAAAAUGAAUGAGAAUGAAUAAACCAUUCAAAACCUAAACUCAUCCCCUUGGCAAUCCCCAUUCCUUAUUAAUUAUUAUCACCCACAAAGAGAGCCUAACUAAACUCAAGAAAACAAGAAGCUUAUGAAAGCACAAAACUGUAUAAAUACAAGGCUUAGCCUAAAACACCUAAAAACCAUCCAUCUUUUCUCUUCACAUCUCACAUGUACUAGCAGAAGGCAGAAGAUAGCUGGCAUGGAGAGAGUCAACAUUCUUACUUUAACCUUGUUUGUAGCUUCCCUACUAUUUGUGCCCAAGAUGGAGGCACAGCGUCUAUUCCCGCCUCCCCGCCCUCUUUGUGCUUCACAAUUUGCGCUUGCUAACUAUGCAUGUGCAUUGCUGCCCUUCACUCCAACUCCCCUUCCGACACCACCCUCCCCUCCCCCCUCUUCUCCCCCCGAUGAUGACGGAGGUCAGGAACAGGAACACGAACAUGAGCACGGGCAUGGACAUGGGCACGGACACGGGCACGGGCAUAGACAUGGUCAUAAUAGGCACAGGCAUGGGGGGCACCAUGAACCCUCACCCUCACCUGCAGAAGAUAACUGUUGUAGAUGGUUGACCCAGCUGGAUAAUGAGUGUGUGUGUGAGUUGCUGGUGCACCUGCCUACAUUCCUCCUUAAGCCUACACAUGCCUACACUGUAGCUGUCGGGGAAUUCUGUCGUGUUACCUACACGUGCGGAACUCCGAUCAGGAUAAAGGUCUGAAUAAAACAUCUUACUACCCUGUGAAGCCCGGCGGUACUUAUCAGAGUACGGAGAAUUUUAUUUAUAUAUGCUGCUUGCUAUGUUAAGUGUUAUGACAUUUAAAUGGUACGUAUAUGAGUGUAAUGCUGAAUCUUGUCAUAGUGUGGUGUUCGUUUAGCAGCUUAUAUUUCUAAUAAUUUUGAGCUUUCAACAUAGAUUUGAAGUUGUUGCAGGAGAAGACGAACACAAACUCAAUUACCUAUCAAUAUAAUU